AUGAUAAGGAAGGUCACAUUAAGCAUGUGCAACCGAACUUAUUAUGGUGACGUUGGCCGCACCUAUACAUUAAAGGUACCAACACCACAAUGGAACCGACUGCCUUUUUUAUGUCACUUAACAUUCACCGCUUCUGGGCGUGAACAAGGCGAUAUUGUGCAAAUUAUUUUCGAUAGUUUCACAGUGGGCCGCUUUGAUGAGGGCAUGGUCGACUCAGAUGUUGAAGGUUACGAGAGUAAUGUUAACCCCGUGGGCGAGUUGCCGGGUUGUCCGGAGGGUUUUAUGCAGCUAAGUGAACUGGGGCGCCCAUUCACAGGAGGCUCUUGGUGUGGGAAAGCCACUGGCCCACAAUUGUAUUUCAGUGAAACAACAACAGUAACAGCUUCUGUUAAAGUGUUUCAUCCGCCAAAGAAUAUACAUGAUGAAAAGCCAUUUGAAUUUAAAAUACGAUACAAAUUUAUCAGUCAAACCGAUGCUGUAGUUAGAUAUGGUUUACCUGAUAAACCUUUGGAAUUGGGUCGUGUUACGCCCGGCACUUAUUGCACACGCCAGUUCGAUGAGUGUUAUCGCAACAAAUGCCAUUUGCAGAGUCCAAAUUACCCUGGAAUGUAUCCGAGAAAUGUAACAUGCUAUUGGACUAUAAGACAAAAGGAGGUGCCGACCAGUAAACAUGCCAUGAUUGCCGUUAGUCAAGAAAAUCAACACAAAGCUCUCGUCAAAAGAUCCAUUGCGAGCUUCAACAAAACUUCACGUUCCAUUCGGGCUUGGUCGGACUGUACAGGGGAACGUGAUCAUCUAAUAUUCUAUGAUGGCAGUUCAACGAAUGAUCCGGUUUUGGCCAAAUACUGUGGUGGGGAUUGGUUGCCACGGGUGGUAUCACGGUAAGUAGAUGGGUUACAUAGCA